CCACCUGCUAGGACACAAUUUUUCUUCUGAACGGUUGGAGAAGUCCAGACUGUUCCCAGCAUAAAUUAAUUGGGAAUGGAGACAACGGCAAACUGCAGAGGUCCAAGGCAUCUCCUCAGGACCAGGUUGAGCGCUCGGACAAAGCAGGAGACAAGUCGACAUGAGCCCAUUCCAGCUCCCAGGACCCUAAGGAAGCAGUGAUCACAAGGACUGGCUUGACUGGUUUGCAACUCUGCAGAAAUCUUAUGGGUUCUUUUACCCUGGAGAAGGUUCACAAGUGACUCCGGCACACAGUUUCUUUUUUUUGGAAACUCACCUUCUGCACUGAAAGUCUAGAUAUAUGGGCAAAGACUUUCCCAGCCUCAGGAGUCCCAGCUGAGCUCUCAAAGAGGCUCCAGACCCAGCUGAGCGAAGAGCUUUGUGGGGGCACAGCAAGCAAGCCAACAGAUGGUCUCUGUGAGUUGCAAAGAGCUGCUACCCCCUUCAGAUUCCUUGACCAGCUCGGCCAGAUCCCCACUGCUAGAGAGCUUUGCAGGUGCUCUGCAGAGCAGCAUGCCACCAUCCCUUCUGCGAGAGCCUGGCAGUGAGAGGGCCUCCAGCCACCUAGAAGGCUGUGACCAUCUCCUUCCAGGCAGCACCAGCCGCUCUGAAGGCACCUCCCUCCCCCUGUCCUGGGGAAAGGAGGAGGAUGCAAAACCCCAAAUCAUUGUCUGUGAGUCUCACCUCAAGCUGCCUGACUUCUGCAGCAAUCUUUCCCAGGACUUUUUUCCCACCCUGGAGGAGAUUGAGGAGUUCCUGAGGGAGAAGGCUGAGUUCCUCCAAGAUGAAGCAAAAGAGCAUCUCCCACCUGGAGGAAAGCUCAAGAUCAAAUCCGAGAUCAGCUUAGGCACCUCUGGGGAGCAGCCUGUGUCCAGGAUGGUUCAAGAAGGAGAUGUGUUGAUCGCUGCCCAGCCAGAAGGGACAGCUGAUGGUAGCGGCCAGGCAGUAGCUGCUGGGAGCAUUCCUGUUGUCCUCCAAAUCCAGCCUCUCCAGAUGGACAGUGGGAGCCCGCUAACACAAAGUGCUAUGGGUAGUGUCAGGGUGGCCCAGUUGAUUAUCAGCUUGCACGGCCAAAGCCUGGCCCUCCUUCCUCAGAUCCAGCACCCUGUGCCCAUCUUGGACCAAAAGUAUGUCAAAAUUGCCCCCCUGCCGGCUGCCCUGCAACCAGGGACUCCAAGGGAUGAGCAGGAGGUGAAGGCAACCACCAAAUUUGAGAAAGCCUCCCCUUCCCUCGUUCGCAUCCACAAGUGCGUGCAUCCGGGCUGUGGCAAGAUGUACACCAAGAGUUCCCACCUCAAGGCUCACUUCCGGCGGCACACUGGGGAGAAACCCUACACUUGUGCUUGGCCCAACUGUGGCUGGCGGUUUUCCCGAUCAGAUGAACUCUCCCGUCACAAACGCUCCCACUCUGGUGUCAAGCCUUACCAGUGUGCCGCCUGCGAGAAGAAGUUUGCCCGCAGUGACCACUUAGCCAAACACAUGAAGAUCCACCGGGGCCAGCAGCACAGCCACUGGACAGUUCGGGGUGGCAGCAGGAGUUAAGCCUUGCUGCUCAUCCUUUCUUGUGAGACUGAGUCCAGGAGGCCCAGGAGCCAGACAAAGGGAACGCCAAAAACACUGUUCUUACGAAG